GGUCCAAUUAAUCACCUGCCACACAACACCUUCCUGGGCGCCGCUCCUCGUCUUCCUGGUCGCUGCCACACGCCCACACCUCACGUGAUGCCCCUGUGAAAGAGUGGUAGUGAAGGUGCUGGACUCUAUCUGUUGUUUUGGUUGCUAUGUGUGUGUGGAGGCGGUUGGGGGGGGAUUGGCGAGGCGGGGAGGCGGGGUGGAGUCCCAAACGUUGAGGCAGUGCACGCUGAAUGGGCAGGACAGUGAUUAGUGCAGGCUCAGUGACGUGAUAAGGCAAGGCGGGGCGGGGCUGUAGUACUUAAGGCGACGCACGCCUCAGCUCCGCCAUACCGCCGCCGCAUCUGACCACCGCCAUGGCCGACGCAGCAGCAGAGAAGAAGGUGCUCAUGAUCGACCCCUCGCUGGUGUUCCGGCCCGAGGAGGCGGUGAAGAAGAGCGGCGGGUGGAAAUUCAGGAACUUCGACGAGACCUCCGAAGACCCGCACCAGGUGACCGUCAGGAACACCUACAUGAAGAUGCACACCAACCAGUGUGUCGACUACGUCAAGAGGAAGCACAAAGAGUGGAAACAGUUCAACAAGUUCGAGGCCACGAUCAUGGAAGCACUGGAGAAGCUCAACAACCUUGUAGACGAGAGUGACCCCGACGUGACGGUGCCCAAUAUCACCCACGCCUUCCAGACAGCCGAGCGACUGCGAGAAGCUCACCCGGACAAGGACUGGCUGCACCUCACUGGCCUCAUCCACGACCUAGGCAAGGUGAUGGCUUUCUACGGGGAACCCCAAUGGUCGACGGUCGGGGACACCUUCCUAGUCGGCUGUGAGUUCGCACAGUCCAUCGUGUAUCGCAACUCAACCUUCCACAACAACCCAGACCUCAACAAUCCCAAGUUCAACACCAAGUAUGGAAUGUACGAACCCAACUGCGGCCUGGACAAGGUGUACGUGUCUUGGGGCCACGACGAGUACAUGUACCAGGUACUGAAGCACAACAAGAGCACACUGCCGGAGGAGGGACUGUACAUCAUUAGGUACCACUCGUUCUACCCAUGGCACACCGGAGGAGACUACUUCCACCUGUGUGACAACAAAGACCUCGAGAUGCUGCCCUGGAUUAAAGAGUUCAACAAGUUUGAUCUGUACACCAAGAAGGAGAAGGUGCCGGACAUGGACAAGCUGCGGCCUUACUACCAAAGCCUCAUCGACAAGUACUGCCCGGGCAAGCUCAAGUGGUAGAGGGGUGCGCACUCGUCCUAUGCGGACUUAGUUUAAGGAGACGCGAUGUGUCUAAAUUGUGCAUGUGUGUGUUAGGAGAGAAAUGAGAGGAUUAAGAUUGCAACAGCUAUCUGAAGAGGAGAAUAGGAGUUGAUGAUUGGGGUCGUCCUCUGCUAGUUAAGUUCAGCGAGACGCGAUGUGUGCAUGUGUGUGUGACGAGAGAAAGAAGAGGUUUAAGACUGUAACAGCUAUUUAAAGAGGAAGGCGUGGCUGGUUGAAAUAGUGAGGUUGCAAGGGUAAGUUAGUAGAAAUACCAAUAGAUGGAGAAAAUCAGGCCAUAAUACAUUACGGAAGGAGCGACCGAUGCAAAAAACAAGAUUACUGACAAUCAUUUUGUGUGUGUGUGUGUGUGUGUGUUUAUUAUGAAUGAAUAACGAGAAAACGACCUUGUGAACAUACGUAUGCAUUCGUGAACUAGCUAAAGAGAUUGGGUUACCACCACGCCCUCCCGUGCAUCCUCUCUCACACCGACAACCUCGCUUCCUCACCGGCGUGUCCUCACCACUACGUAGGACCAUAUUCAGAAACGCUUUGCUCUUUCACCACGAUUAUUUUGAGGGGCCACAGAGAUGAUUAGCAGAGUUUUUAAGAGUUUCUUUCUUUAAUAAUGUAGAAAUCACUAGAACCAUAGAAACAUCAUUAAAAACUCAUGUAACUUCAACUAGAGCUUAUUGAAAAUAGUGGAGGUGCGGCGCAAAGGUGCUUCAGAAUACGGUGCUUAUUUCACGUCCCGCUCCGUGUGGUGUGCGGGGCAACGUCCCGUACUGUGAUCUGUAUACGUGAAUUACUGUUGGAUCUCCCGGCUCACCUUGAUAUGUUUGCUGCCUCUACCGUCGCCUCUAAAAGCUUGUUAACCUGGCUAUGUUCCUGUAAAGCAAACGUGUGUAGAUAAUGUUAGUGUUGUAAGUACAAAAAUUAAAUUUGUCUUUCUAGAAUAUUACUGUAAAGGCAACGUGCAGCAUUGGAAGUCUCGGUCCUGCAUUAGUACUCUCAUUUACCUACCAUGUUAGCAGUGUUAGUACAAAAUUACACAAUAAAGAUAUGAUAUUC